AUGGCCGCUCAAUCAACUUUUUCCUACGCACAGGCUGCGAAGGGCAAGGGCACUGCCCCUGCCUCAAAUAGCGCUGCUUCCACUGACGCAGCUGCUUCCGUUCAAGAUGACCAGGCUCCUGCAGCUGAUGCUGACACUGCUGCUUCCGUAGAGGAUGCACAAACGGAAGCACCUUUGACCGAGCAGGUAAAUUCCGAGGCUCCUGAAAACGUUGAGCCUCAGACGGCAGUGGCAGAAAAACAGGAUACCGAGAGUGUUCCUGGAUCUGAGAGCGAUGUCCGCUCUGAGUCUACACAAAGCAGACAAACCGAAUCAAGGCGUGAGGAUGACGCUGGAAGGUUGGAUCGCCCCUGGCGACGCAACGAGAAGACACAAAGAUCAUCAAGCAAUGCUACAAGGUCUGUCGAUGAGCAGGACUCCCGAAAGGCUAGGCGAGGUAAGAAGGGCAAGGCCUCCGAGAAACAAGCUGGAGAACAAGCGACAGACAAGGAACAGGAGACGGCACCCGAGCCACCAAAGGUUGAACUUGCUGAAGCGCCCAUUCCCAGCGUCAAUAUUUGGCACAAGCGAAACGAGGCCCGUCAGGCAAAAUCCACCAAGCCUGCUUCCACACCUGCGGAGGCUACAGCAAACGGCACUUCAAGCCAGAAGGACGAGAAGAAGGCUGAGGCGUCUCCUGCACCUCUUACAAAUGGCGUCAAGUCUCAUCAAAGACAGGCCAGCACUGUCCGAGCAGAGCGAAAUGGUCCUCGAGGCUCGCGAAUGAACGAGAAGGAUGGCAAGAGCGAAGUUCCCCCAUCUGUCGAUGACUCCACAGCAUGGCCUACUCCUGAGACAGCUAUAACUGCCAUUAAGGAGGAUAGCAAGAAGAAGGCCGCCGACAAGUUACCUGAAAGAUCCGACCGCUCUGAUAGGGACAGCCAGGAGGACGGUAGCUCGUCGAAAGCUCGUCAGAAGUGGGUUAACCUCCACUACGUCCCUACGGUCAACUUCGAAACUCAACUUCCUCAGCGUGGCACCAAGCCUCGUGGUGGUGCUCGUGGUGGUCGCGAUACUACCAGCCGAGCUGCAACCAAUGGCGCUGCUGAGAAGUUACCAUCUGCCUCCCCUGCAAACAAGGCCAGCGAUAGCAAGGCCCGUGACGCCUCCAACAAUGCCGCGUCGCAGCCUAGCGCUAAGCGUGGAUCAGUCGAUAUUGCCAAUGGUCAGAAGAAGGUUUCAACCAACGCAGGCUCUGACAAGGCCAAGGAUUCUUCAGUUCAAUCUUCGGAGGCUCCUCAAGCUUCCCGCGAUCGUCCCGAAGGACGUGGUGAGAGAGGUCGAGGCGGCUACCGUGGACGUGGUCAUCACGGCCAUUCCCAGUCCCAGCAUGCUAUUUCUGGAUCUGGGUAUCACGGCCAAGGUGCCAGCUCUUCCCGAACCCAAGGCUACAGUCCUCCUAUGCGACAAGGUGGACAUGGCGGUGCUUUCGCGCCUUCUCAGCGAGGCCGCGGCCGCAAUGGUGCUAACAGCUACCACCGUAUGUCUGCGCCCAGUGGUGGUAACCGCAUGCCUGUUGUUCAACCGCCAUUCGCUCCCUUUGAUUGCACGAUGGCGAUGCCUAUGGAUAUGGCGAUGCCUAUAGAUCCAGCUCUCAUGCAAGGCCAAAUCAACCAGUUUCUUCUGUCCGCGCUGAAGAGUCAAGUCGAAUACUACUUCUCUAUCGAGAACCUUGUCAAGGAUACCUAUCUCCGGCGGCAUAUGGAUUCUCAAGGCUUUGUCUCUCUACAUUUCGUCUUCUCAUUCAGACGCUUACGAGAUAUGACCGGGGAAAUCAACCACGUCCGUCUUGCUUGCGAGGACUCAACUGAGAUUGACUUUGCUGUUGCGGAUGACGGUAUCGAACUUCUUCGUCGUCGAGAUGGCUGGCAAAACUUUGUUUUGCCAAUCGGCGAACGAGAUGAAAUGGCCCGCAGGCAAGGUCCUUCUCAAGUUACUUUCAAGAACAAACACUACAACUUUGUCAAUGGCCAGUUCAAUGCUGCUCACAUGCCAUAUGGUGUGUAUCAUCACGACCCUUCUCCCCAGCACUUCGCGCCGCGUGAAGUCAACGGAGAUGCCACGGCUGGUGCCAGCCAACUCUCGGCCACAGUCCCAGAUUUCUCACCUUCCGGAACAGUUCCUCUCGUUGGCCCUGAUGGCCAAACUCGGAUUACCAGCGUUGAAGCUCUCACCAACGGCCACGCUGAGAACGCCGCCCCACUUGCCAAUGGUGUGCAUGAUGAGGCAUCUCAGGUCACUGGGUCUUAA